AUGAGCAUGAGUAACCAAGACAACAUUGAAUUGUUGGAUAAUGAGCUGACUAAUAACCUCAACAUACAAGACAUGUCAGUUGAUGAAAUUGUUGGUAAAACUUUUCUCAAACACAGUAAUGCUAAACUAGAUACAAACAGAACUCUUCUUGACACUGAUCAGAUUUUAGAAAUUGUAUCUGUUAUUGCUAGCCCACACAACCCUAUGACCUUAAAUUUCCAACAUGUUGUAAAAGCCACUCUCAGAAUACUCUCUGAUGACAUUAAAUACGAAAUCACCACAGAAAGAAAGGCUUUUAAAAACCAUAAGGACAGAAAACAUGUUUGGGAGUUAUGGAAGGAAAGAAUGAAGAAUAUUAACAAACUAUUAUCUGAGAACAAGAAAAGUAGUAAUGUCCAACAAGACAAUGAAGAAUUCAACAUCAAUGACAUAGCAGUGAAGGAAAUCACUCCUCCCAGAUAUAUUGCUGUUAGAUAUAGCAAAAUAUUUGAAGAGAAUGAGGUAAUUGAAUUAAUUAAGGACAAACUUAGUGGCAAAUAUGUCACCAUCAAUCCGAUUAUUAAGCUCAAUAAUACCAUAAUUGUCACUAUUGAAAAUUGCGCUCAAGUAGAACAGGCAGUUGAAACAUUACGUACAAAAUUUAAAGAAGUCAAUAUCACUUCAUCAUGUGAAAACGACACCAACAAAAUUAUACGUGUCCAUAAUAUUCCAAUAGGAGAACUAUGGAAAACUACAGUCAAGGCAGAUUGGAGGAAUGCUAUUGAAAGCGAUACUGGUGAACCCAUUGUUGAAAUUGCUACAGCUAGAAUUGGUAAAGAAAUGGCAGCAGUGAUCACUGUCAAAAGUAUGAAAGCCAGAAAUAAUCUAUGUAAGGCAAAAACAUAUGAUAUCACUAUUCCUAGAACAGAGGAAACAGUCACUAUGAAAAUCGACAUACCAUUCAACUAUGCAAUGGAUGUGCAAUACUCUGACAUCAUUGCGAAAGACGUUUCCUUUACUCUUGAAAAAGUGCAACAAGUUCACCUAAAAGAAAUCAAGAGAAUUGAAGCUUCUAUGGAUAAAAGAAUUGCAGAACUUGAGGCAAGACAGAAUCAGAAAUUGACUAUGGGAUUUAAGGAAAUGGCUAAUAUUAUCAGAGCAAAUAAUGAAGAAUUAAUGAUUACCAAUAGAAUUGCUAUUCUAACAUUUCUGUCUGGUUGUACAAAAGAUAAUACCAAGAGGAACAUAUAUCAAGAGGAAAUUGAUGAGUGUCACAAAAAGCUAAAACUACUUGAUUCACUUCAAGCAGAGCCAUUAUCAGCCCUAAGAGGCUACCUCAACUCAAUCACUCCUGAUAUAAUCAUGCUCCAGGAAGUUAAAAGCGUCUACAUUGGUCCAGAUUUUCCCUCUAUAUAUUAUUCUUCAUUUACAUAUUAUCACAAUCCAAGAGAUUCCUGUGGUGUAUCUAUUUGCCUCAACAAAAGCACUUUCAAAGAUAUUGAAGAAAUCAUCUUAGAUCCGAUCAUUAAGAAUAACGCGCGAAUUAUUGGCGUGAAAUGUAAAAUCAAUUCAAUUAAUACUCUAGUAAUUUCUGCGUACUUUCCAAAUCAACCAGCUGACAGAUGUGAAUUCACAUAUAUUCUUGACAACCUAAUUGAAAAAUAUCCUAACUACAAAAUCAUUAUUGGAGGUGAUUAUAAUGCGAUUUUAUCCGAGAAUCACUCCUCAAACGAAUCUAGAAGAACUGAUCAAAACAUACUAGAUCUUAUUAACAAGAGAAAUCUUAAUUACUAUCCUUUCCCUCAUUUAUCAUGGCACCUUCAUUAUACUAUUAACAAACAAUCCAAGUCUAUAAUAGACUACAUAUCCACAGAUUUUCCAAUUGCAUCUGGAGAAGUACUGAAUGCCAACUUCAUAUCAGAUCACAAAAUGGUUAAAAUUCUACUUGACCUCUCAUGUCAACGAACACCUUUGUUAAUUCGGAAGAAGCGUAACUUUCAAGAUCCCAAAAAUAAGAAAGAAAUGCUGGCCAUUAGCAAAGAAUGUGUAUCUCAAGUUAAGAAUUUAGAAUCUGAUAACGACAAAUGGCUUUUCAUUUGUGAUAAACUAGGCGACAAAUUUGUGGAGGUCAAUCCACCUAAACUUGAUCCUAAAAUCUACAAAUAUAAUAAGUGUCAAAGAGAAAAUAUAGAACCAUAUCAAAUGGAGCCAUGA